CAAUCUGUACUUGAUAUUGGCCAUUUUAUUUGAGUGGAAUUUUGUAUGCUUGGCAUGGCAUCUUCUUAGAUAUGACAUCACGCAAUCGACUACUCUGUCUGUGCUUCUCCCUCGCCGAGGGAAAGCAGAGCUCAGAGAGUGAUUACUACUGCCUGAAUCAGUCUUGUUUUCAUGGAAUGAACUGUCAGUCAGUGGAAUAUCAUCUCGCUACUAGUCCAACACUUGCUAAAUGGUGAGUGGCUAGUCCGCCACACCCAGCCUGCGUUGCCAUGGACGCCUGUGCCCGUAUCCGAGGAGUUCCUCUCAGGACCAGAGCCUCCAUCAGGAAAGAGACGGUGCGUGACAGCGGGCCUCAGUGUGUGAAGAGCCUUCUGAGGAGCAGGAAGGAGCUGUGCAGCAUGGGACUGGAGCUACAUACCAAAGACACACCACGCCUGACUGAGAUCCAUUUUGUGUGUUUGCCUGGCCACUCUGAAGGGGAGGAUCUAACUCGACAGGCCCUGUCGUCUCUUCCAGGGGACCUGGCGGAGCUCCUGAGGUCUCCCCACGUUACCAGCCUGAGGAACGAAGAGGUGCUGCUGCUGAAGGACAGCAGGAAACCAGCCGACAGGAGGGACUCUACUACACAGCAGUGCUCGCUAAAGGCGGUGUGUGUUGUAAGGCACAGCUCCAGCCCCAGUCAGGCCAUUGUUGGUGUGUUGGUGGGCCUGCUGGGGCGUUAUGCUGCGGGGGUCCGCUAUGCCCUGGAGCUCCAGGCCCUCCACAGGGGCACGGCAGAACCCUGCCAGCCCGAGGACGAUGACACCAACCAGUCUGUGUCUUCCAUCGAAGAUGACUUUGUCACCGCUCUGGAACACCUAGAGGAGGAGGCCACUGGAGAGAAUAACAACGCCGAUGACUCUUAUCUCCAUGGAAACCAGCGUGAUGUGGCCUCCCAGACAGUCCCUGCCCACAAGAGAGACAAGGACCUAUCAGGCUCCAGGAUCAUAAUCAGCUCUGCCCACAGGAAGUCCUCAACCAGUCAUCGGUCUCCCCCAGAGGUGUCUGUUACCGUACAGUGCUCCAGAAGGGCAGAGUCCCAGUGGACCCUCUGCAGCCCUAGAGCCCGGCUCCCCUCCCCCACACUCCCUGUCAGCGAAUCAGAGGAGUCGGAUGGCUCCAGCCCUAGUCCAAUCAUCUUCCUAGAUGAGGUUGGCUACCAGAAAAGUCUCAAAGCGACACUGGACAUACCUCAGAUCCCCGGGGGGCCGACAGACAGGGUGGAGGACUCUGACUCUGAGGUCAGCGAGUUCUUCGACAGCUUUGACCAGUUUGACGACCUAGACGAGCUGAGCUCAGAGAGCUGUACACUCACCCUGCCUUUAGACCCGACUUCCUCUGUUAUUAUUACCGGCCCAGACCAGAAGAAGAAGUACUCUGGUACUGGCAAGUCAGGGUCCAAGAAAGUGUCCCGAAGCUGUUCCACCAUGAACCCCCACCGGUUCGACCAGCGCACCCUCCCUGCGAAUGUGAAGAAACCCACCCCACUCAGAAGCCCCCUCCCCCUUGGCUCUCCGUAUGGAUCCCCUGACUCUCCCCGGCCGGCCCGGACCUCCUGUGAGGAAGGUGGAGGUCCUCUGUUCAGCCCCGUUAGCUCCUCAGCCUUCAGCCCACUCGGAGAUGGAGCUCUGGAUUACUUCUGGAAGACCGAGGGAGAUGGAGGAGAUGAGUCAGAGCUAAAGAAACCCCAGGACCUGUGUUCCCUCUACAAGACUUACUCAGACUUUGCCAGCAGUCUGUCCAAGGAGAUCCUGGGAUCCGUAUGUGGAUACCAGUCUCCCGUGGACCUCAAAGACAACAAGAACCUGAGCUGUGUCUGUCACAAGGAGUUCCAGAACCAGUCUGGACACGUCAUGAAGCUGUCUGAGAUCCAGGAGACGGUGACUGUCUCCAAGCUGCAACAGAAGCCCCAGUCUCUGAAGGACGGCAUCCAGAGGUUUGCCACAGACUUGGUAGAGAUGAGUCUGGGCAGCGCUCUGAGAGACCUGCAGAAGGGAGUGUCCUCUUGCACCACCACCCUCUGCCACCUGGCUGCCAAACUCACCACUUCCGUCUUCCAGAUGGCCUUCCAGGAGAUUGGCAUGCGCCGCGCCUACGUCCUGAAGGAACGGGCCAUCAACGGGCUGGCUGGGUUCCUGGUGGGAGAGGCGGUGUCGGGCGCUCUGAAGGACUUCCUGACGGUGAAGAAGCAGAUGUUCAACAGCACCGUGACUCAGUUUGCCGCCGAUCUGGCGGAGGAGCUGGUGUAUGAGGGGAUGAUGGAAGUGUGUCAGUUCUCCCACCCCUCCACCCCCCUCACCCCCAGUGACUGGUCCUUCAGCGUGGGGGAGGAGGAUGAUGAGGAGGUGGUGUCCUCCUAUGCCUCGGACCUCUCUGAGUCUGUCCUCCAGGAGGCCUUCAUUGAACUGUCCCAGGCUGACGUGGCCUUCACCACCCAAGCAGCCAUCAGUCUCUCUCUGGACAACAUAUUCUAUGUCAGUGCUGACGAAACACACACUACCUGCAGUACUGCUGCUGACCACCAGGCUAACCCUGCCGAGGAAGGCCCAGGUCCAUCAGGGGAGGAUGGCUGUACUGUGAAGAAGGCUCUGUUCUGUGUGUCUGGGAUGGCCAGCUGUGUACCUGUCCCACAGGCAUGCCAGGCCAUCUCCCUCUUCCACGACUCAGAAGAGAUCUGCCAGUGUAAGACCAGCCCGGCCCACACCUCCCAGACCAGCCCCAAGAGGAGCUGCAGCUCAGAGAGCAGAAUGGUGACCACAGCCGCCUCUGAUGCUACUGCUGCCACACAGACUGACCUGCUGCCAAAGACCCCCUUUCACAACUUCUCUGGCAACAUGGUGGAUAUGAUAGUGAGUGAAGCGUGUGAGCUGAUGACUGCCACAAAGAUGAAGAAGAAGGUGGAGGACUGUGCUGACUUCCUUUCUAAAGCCAUUGUUGGUCGGGGACCUCCAUCCGGACAGGAGGGUACUGUCACUGUCCAGACCUCCCACUCCUCUCUCCACCCUCAUUCUCAGAACCCAGGGAGAGGCUCCUGUGAGUCAGGCUCCAGGACCAGCAGAGCUGUCUCAGAGACCCGGCCAGUGAUGAUGGACACUCUAGCGAUUCCAGGGUUGGAGAUGGACGGCUGGGAAGGCAGGAAGAUGGCCUCCGGUGAGGAGAUGGUUCCCAGCACUGGUUGCAUGUCCAGCGGGACCCCUGGUACGCCCCCCUCCACCCCCCAGCAUCCCAACAAGGUGUCCCAGGAGAAGCAAAUCAAGCAGUUCUCCAAGAAGCUGAAAGGCAAACUGGCCAAGGAGUUCUCUCCCGCCACCCCUCCUCCCACCCCACACUACCAGCCAGGUCCUGAGCCCAAAGAGUCUCCCUCUGAGAUGGACAAGGCUGACUUCAUGCUCAAACUGAUGAGGUCUCUGUCUGAGGAGGCAGACGGGAACGAGGAAGAGGAGGGUGGAGUAGAAGGGCUUAACUCUGGAACCGAGACAGGAAACCGUCCGCAGCUAGAACUCAACCUAUUGGUUGGAGGACACAAGAUGGCCGACAAGGGAGCCCUCCAUUACGCAGAGCGCCUGGCGUGCCACAUUGUCUCCAUGGCGACAGAGAUGGACACUCUGGGAGGAGUGGAGGAUGGAGGUAGGAGGACGGUGGAGGAGAGAAGAGACAGUGUGGCCCAGUUCUCGGAGCAGACCCUGAACACGCUGUGGAUCUACGCUGGCGAGGUGGCGGGAGAGGUGAUCAGUGACGUGAAGAGGAUAAUGGGGUCAGGACAGUGUCGUCAAAGAGCAGUCAAACGAGCCAGCCAGGACUGGUCAGGGGAAUGCCCUCACCACCACAACCAACUCCAGCCCAGUGAACACAGCAGGGGCUGCAGAGUGGGUCAUCUGGCUGAACAGUGGUCUGGUGACCUCCUCUCCUCUGUCCUCCACCCGUCAACGUCCACCUCUACCGCCAGCUCUGGCCUGUCCUCUGACUACCCCAGCUGUGAAAGUGUGACAGAUGAGUAUGCUGGCUACCUCAUCAGGGUGCUGAAGAAAGAGGGAGGCAGCAGGGAGCUGGUCCUGGAUCAGUAUGCCAGCCGUCUGGCCUACCGCUCCAUCAAACUGGGCCUGGCCCAUGCUGCCCGCAACAUGGAGAAGAGACCCUCCUCCUCUAGGCACCACUCCUCCAGAAGGCUCCACCAGGAUGGCUGCAGGGGGCCCAACGCUGAGCCGUCUGUACCCAGGGACGAAGCAGGGAGAGUGGGAUCUCCUUCCAGCGACUCUGAUGAUGGGAGCCAGAGGGAGUACAUGGAGCUGGUGAACUUUGCGGAGUCGUUGGCGUACAACAUCACCUGUGACGUCACACGCAAACUCUGUGUGUCGUCAGACCGACUACCCAAGUCCCUGACUGAGUCGUGUCUGUAUCAGAAAUUCAAGCUGGAGGACAUGGCAGAGAACCUGAUCAGGAACUCCUUUUCAUGCCCCCUGCUGGCCAACGAGGGAAAGAGCAGGCAGUACCACAGCACAGGCUGCCUGGACGACGGAGGCUACAGCAGUGGAGUCAUGCAGGUCAUGGAGCACUAUGCCAGGAAGAUAGUGGACGACACGCUGGAGAUGGGCCUGGCCUCGGCCGGACACCCAGCCCAACAGGGUCCAGACAGACACUCCCACUCUGAGAGGCCGUCUGAGGGGGGAGCAGUGGGCUCUGCGCUGGGGGAGACAACCUGCCGAUACUGCCAGGUCAUCGAGUGUCCGUUCUGCUCGUGGCCUAGCAGGCAGUACAUCCUUGAGGCAGGAGCAGGCCAGAGGAGGAGGCCGGACGGGGGGGUGGGGGUGUGUGGCCUGGAGAUCCCUGAGAUCCACAUCGAUCUGGACCGCAGGGCGGUGUUCGCAGAGGAGAUCGUCACUACGGCAAUGGAGGGAGCGAAACGAGAGCUGAGCAACACCAGCCUGAACGCUGACAGCGGGAUCGGACACGACGGGCCAAGCUUUGCCGAGAGUCUGACCGCAGAGAUCAUGACGUCCGCGCUGUCCAACGCAUGCCAGACUGCCAACCUCAGCUUUCCAGGCAGGGAGGCCACAGAGUCCACAGUGUCCCAGCAGCUCAGUCUGAGUGUGGGCGAUGACAGUCUGGGCAGCUGGUCCAACCUCAGCUUUGAGGACGAACACCCCGACGAGACCAGCAGCUUCCUGCACCUCAGCGACAGCAAUGGGAACAGCAGUAGUUGGAGCAGCCUGGGGUUAGAGGGAGAGAUGUAUGAGGAGCACCUGUCCUUCUCUCCUUCCGACAGCGACUGUACUGAGGACAAGGAGCUUGAGACCAAGGAUGAAUCCUGCGGUUCUGUGCGUGUGGACCGGGGCCAGGCUCAGGCUCAUAGGCUCCUCCUGGUGGUCAACUCGGAGCUCAGGGAGAUGACCCCUGACCCACAGCACAUGACCUUUGACCCCCAGCUCAGGAGCAUGCUGCAGUGGGCAGCAGCCUCCAUUGCAGACCUGCCAAUGGUUCAGCUGGGUCAUAGUGGCAGCUGGGACCUGCAGCAGCUGCCUGCGGUGGUCCAGAGGCUGAAGGAGAGGGAGUGGCGGGUGGGAGAGCUGCUCCAAGCCCUGCUGCGCUACUGUGAGGAAACCUACACCCCACCCCAGUCUGAACCCAGAGAGGAGACACCCCAGGCGGGGAGAGCACUCCACCACACUCCCCUCUUCCAGUGGCUCCUGGAGCACGCCUAGGCUGACUGCACUUACCCUCACCUCUCGCUCCUCUCCCCUUCCUCCUCCUCACCUCCCCUUCCUCCUCCUCACCUCCCCUUCCUUCUCCUCACCUCCCCUUCCUUCUCCUCACCUCCCCUUCCUUCUCCUCACCUCUCCCCUCCCUCCUC